AUGUCAACACCUAACCUCCCUGAAGGACUACCUCCACGCACGGCGACUCCGAACCAAUCUGAAACUUCCAAAUCGAGAACAAGAAGCGGUAAGAAGAACGAAUCAUUGUUAGCGAUAAACGAAGGAGGAAGUGACCCACAAAAAGAAGAUGGCAAUGGACAGAAAGGUGAUCAAACAAGCGGAGACCCAGGUGAUGUUACUGGUAAUACUCAAGGUAGACAAGAUGUUGAGGUUGGAAAGGCUGGGGACAAUCAAGUCGCUGAAGAUAAUCUAGAUGAAGAUGAGAAUAGAACAGGAAUUGUUGCAAACAUAACAGGACUUGGUUAG